AUGCUCAAGGCAUCUCAUCGUUUUCUCCGACAUGUCUUAGACAGCCAAGACGACAUCGUCGGGGACAUAAGACACCUGUCAGGUGAAAUCAUACUUUCCUCUGCGUAUGGCCUAGAUAUCGCUUCCAAAUCGGACAAGUACAUCAGACUCGCCAAAGAGGGUGUCAAGCCUGCCCUACCGGCUCUGAUCCCGGGCACGUAUUGGGUAGAUUUUAUGCCUUUCCUCAAGUACGUUCCGGAAUGGUUUCCAGGGGCUGGGUUCAGAAGGAAGGCGAAUGAGUGGAAGCGGCUUACUUUAGCUAUGCGAGACACGCCGUUUGAAGUGGCAAAGAAUGAGAUUGAAAAGGGUUUACCUCCGCCGUCUUUUUGUCUGUCGAGCCUACAGGCCCUUGAUGAGAGACUUGACAUCGACCAGCAGGAACAAGAUAUCAAAGACGCAGCAGGGACACUGUACGGAGGUGGCUCUGACACGACCAUGGCCUCGGUUGCGAACUGCAUCCUCUCCCUCUUGAAUCACCCGGAAGCACUGAAGAAGGCACACGAUGAAAUUGAUCGUGUCCUCAAGCCUGGGACUCUCCCAGAUCUUGAAGACGAACCAUCCUUGCCUUAUAUCACUGCAAUUGUCAAGGAAAGCUCUCGAUGGAAUAUAUCUGUGCCCUUGGGUUCAUUCCACCCGACAUGCCAGCACUUUCGUUGA